UCAAGGUCUAAGCGGGAGCCCGAAGGGCUAUAAAAGCUUGCUGGAGCCAAGCAGGGAAAGCAGCCUGAAGUCUAGGCACACAGGCAGAGGCUGGCAGGCGACACAGCAGCUGCAGUCUCCAGAGAAAGGCUGAAAGGUCCGGCGGCAGAGAUCAGGUCCGGGAUGCCGCGCCUGUGCUCGUCCUACCUGCUAGGAGUCUGGCUGCUACUGAGCCAACUUCCCAGAGACAUCUCAGGCGAGAACCCCGACGACAUUGUUAAGGCAUGCGGCCGCGAAUUAGUCCGCCGCCGGAUCCAGAUCUGCGGCUCGAUCAACUGGAAGAAAAAGCCUGUGAGUCUGCAGGAGCCUGGGCUGGACGCCGGAGCCCCGGCAGAAAUUAUGGCAUCCUCCGUCACCAAAGAUGCAGAAGCCUUAAAUACGAUGUUGGAAUUCACUCCUAAUUUGCCACAGGAGCUGAAGGCAACACUGUCUGAGAGGCAGCCAUCAUUGAGGGAGCUACAACGACCUGCGUUAAAGGAUUCAGAUCUUAACUUUGAAGAAUUUAAGGAAAUCCUUCUUAACAGACCCAGUGUAGCAGAAGACAACAGUCUUUGAGAAUUAAAAAACUUAGGCUUAGAUAAACAUUCUUGAAAGAAGAGAAUGAUUCAGGUCCCACUGAUUCAGAAGUGUUGUUUUCAAGGUUGUACCGUAAAAGAACUGGCUAUAAGAUGCUGAGAUGAAGCUAAUUAUGUAUUUCAUAUAAUGUUCAUGUGUAUUCUCGAUGACACAUUCACUGAUGCCUCUGUCAGUGCACUAAUUACUAGACUAUUAGAAAUCACUUUUAGUGUUGAGGUUUUUCAUUUGGUGUGUAAGAAAAUAUUCCUUCAACUACUGUAGUUUCUGCUAAUAAAACUCUUUAUGCAAAAA